CGGGCGGCGCGUGCCGUGGGCCAGUCGCUAGGGGGAGUGGCCGGCGGCGGUGAGGGGCCCGGUGGGGUCUCGUGGCGGAGCUGCGGGACUGGAGCGGAGACGGUGGAAUUUGAUGAAGCUACCAAGGAAACUGGAAAGAGCAGCCCAGACACCUUGCUUAUUCUUUUCCAUCUCUGCUUUUUUCUAGAUACACUCUAACAGUAAAUUAGAAAAGCAGCUUAUUUCCAUCCUAGGUGUAAGGCAGUUGAGGGCAUACAUGGCACAGUUGCUUAGAAUCAAAGGAGGUAGCUUAAAGGGGGCAGAUUAUAUUUGAUUGGGACUCUUUAAGAUGAUUUCACAUAGGAAUAUGUGUGAAAAAAAGAUAUACUAAUUGCUAGGGCCUAGAUACUGGUAUACUUAUUAUAAAGGAAAAUGUACUGAAUGGUCCUGUGCAGGAAAGAUUCUUGCAACAGUUACCCAGUAUAUGGUGUGGUAAUGAGUCAAGGAGACUGGGGGGAUAUUAUAUAAAGAGGUCUUCCAAAAGCUAAAAGGAAAGUAAAAAGAAACUAGGCUGAAUUUUAAACAUGGAUUAUAUAUGCAGCGUUGUAAGGGAUAAUGAAUUUGUAUUCAUCCAUGUGUUCAUAGGGACUAUGUUGUCUUUAGGAUCUUCCAAUAGUCACAAAGUCAGUGCAGGUCAGCAAUGGUGAGUAGUGUCUUGCCAGCAGCCAACAACUUGUUCUCUUAAAUUGUGACUUAAGGGCAACCAGGGAAUAUUGCAGCAGAGAAAGAUCAUGGAAGAUACAACCCACGGGCAAGCAGCUCCAUGUCUCAUUAUCAUUCUCUUUUUACUUUGCAGCGUGAAUGCAUAUCCAUCCAUGUUGGCCAGGCUGGUGUUCAGAUUGGCAAUGCAUGUUGGGAAUUGUAUUGUCUUGAACAUGGGAUCCAGCCUGACGGUCAAGUGCCUAGUGAUAAUACUAUGGGACGUGGAGAUGAUUCAUUUAACACUUUCUUCAGUGAAACAGGAGCUGGUAAACAUGUUCCGAGAGCAGUGUUUGUAGACCUAGAACCAACCGUAGUUGAUGAAGUACGUACAGGCACGUAUAGGCAGUUAUUCCAUCCUGAGCAGCUCAUUACUGGGAAAGAAGAUGCAGCCAAUAAUUAUGCCAGAGGCCAUUAUACCAUUGGAAAAGAGAUUGUUGAUCUAGUGCUAGACCGCAUUCGCAAACUGGCUGACCUGUGCACAGGGCUGCAAGGCUUCCUUAUCUUUCAUAGUUUUGGUGGAGGCACUGGUUCAGGGUUUGCAUCACUGCUCAUGGAAAGGCUAUCUGUUGACUAUGGCAAGAAAUCUAAACUGGAGUUUGCAAUUUAUCCAGCACCACAAGUUUCCACUGCUGUAGUGGAACCCUACAACUCAAUUUUAACUACCCACACAACAUUAGAGCAUUCAGACUGUGCCUUUAUGGUAGAUAAUGAAGCCAUUUAUGAUAUAUGUCGUCGUAACCUGGACAUUGGCCGUCCUACUUACACCAAUUUAAACCGAUUAAUUGGGCAGAUUGUUUCAUCCAUCACAGCUUCACUGCGUUUUGAUGGAGCCCUCAAUGUAGAUCUGACAGAGUUUCAAACUAACCUGGUUCCAUACCCACGAAUCCAUUUCCCCUUGGUAACAUAUGCCCCUAUCAUCUCCGCUGAAAAAGCAUAUCAUGAGCAGUUAUCUGUGGCUGAAAUUACCCAUGCUUGCUUUGAACCAGCCAACCAGAUGGUCAAAUGUGACCCUCGCCAUGGCAAGUACAUGGCCUGCUGCAUGUUAUACAGAGGCGAUGUUGUGCCCAAAGAUGUCAAUGCAGCCAUUGCCACUAUCAAGACUAAACGGACCAUUCAGUUUGUGGAUUGGUGCCCAACUGGAUUCAAGGUGGGCAUUAACUACCAGCCUCCAACUGUGGUGCCAGGUGCUGAUCUUGCCAAGGUGCAGCGGGCUGUGUGUAUGCUGAGUAACACAACUGCUAUUGCAGAAGCAUGGGCUCGGCUUGAUCACAAAUUUGAUCUCAUGUAUACUAAGCGUGCCUUUGUGCAUUGGUAUGUUGGGGAGGGGAUGGAGGAAGGAGAAUUUUCUGAAGCCCGGGAAGACCUGGCUGCCCUUGAGAAGGAUUAUGAAGAAGUUGGCCUAGACUCUGUUGAAGCAGAGGCUGAAGAAGGAGAUGAAUAUUGAGAAAACUAAAGCCUGGAAAAAUCUUAUUUACCAAAAAAAAAAAAAAAAAGAUCGCAGAACCCUGUUUGUUUGUUUUCAAAUGUGCUUCCAAAUAAAGUUCCAAAGAUUAUACUGCUGCUUUUUUUUUCUUCUUCUUCACUAUUAAUGUGCAUAUUCAUUGAAGGAAGGACAAUUUGAGAUUGCAGGUUUUGGUAGCAGAUCUG